UUCUUUCCUUCUGUGUGCAAUAGCGAAAACAACUUCAUUUCUCUCUCUCUCUCUCUCUCUCUCUCUCAUUCCAACACCAAAUGAUCAUUGAAUUCUAGGGUUUUCAGAUUUCCAAGCAAUGAGCACCAGCACCACCAACAACACCUCCACCACCGCCGAUACCACCACCCACCGAGAUCUCGGCCUGUGGUUCCUCGACCAAUCGCGCCUCGGCUCCGUUCCCAGCCCCACCGCCAUGGACGAGGACGAGGACUCCCCCACCGAGCUCAACACCCUCAACAGCUCCGGCGGCUUCCUCGUCGUCUCCCCCGAUAAGCUCUCCGCCAGGUACACCAACAUCAACCUUCACGGUCACGACGUCGGCGUCGUUCAGGCCAACAAGCCCGCUCCGGUCAAGCGCCUGGUCUACUACUUCGAGAUUUACGUCAAGGACGCCGGCGCCAAGGGCCAGAUUUCCAUUGGAUUCACUACUGAGAAUUUUAAGAUGCGGAGGCAGCCCGGAUGGGAGGUAAAUAGUUGUGGCUAUCAUGGGGAUGAUGGAUUUCUGUACCGUGGACAAGGAAAGGGUGAGGCUUUUGGACCAACCUUCACAUCUGAUGAUAGAGUUGGAGGUGGCAUCAAUUAUGCAUCACAGGAGUUCUUUUUCACUAAAAAUGGAACUGUAGUGGGAACUGUGCCCAAGGACAUGAAGGGUCCCUUAUAUCCUACCAUUGCUGUACACAGCCAAAAUGAGGAGGUGCAAGUCAACUUUGGGCAACAACCUUUUGCUUUUGAUCUUAAGGAAUUUGAAGCACAAGAGAGGAUGAAGCAGCAAAUGAUGAUUGAAAAGAUUUCGUUGCCAACUAAUGUUAGUCAUGGAAUUGUGCGCUCCUACUUGCUACAUUAUGGCUAUGAAGAUACGCUCAAUUCAUUUGACAUGGCUAGUAAAAGUACUGUUCCCCCUGUAUAUAUAGCUCAAGAAAAUGGCUUUGAUGAGCAGGAUAUUUUGUAUGCACUAAAUCAAAGAAACACUCUUAGACAGCUUGUCAGGAAUGGAGAGAUAGACUCUGCACUCGUUAAACUCCGUGAAUGGUAUCCCCAAAUUGUUCAGGAUGAUAAAUCAGCUACUUGCUUUCUGCUUCACUGUCAGAAGUUUAUUGAAUUGGUUCGGGUUGGAUCAUUGGAGGAGGCAGUGAAAUAUGGAAGGAUUGAAUUGGCAAAGUUUUUUGGCUUGCCGGUGUUUAAGGAAAUAGUUCAGGAUUGUGUUGCUCUGCUGGCAUACGUACGCCCACGGGAGUCCUCGGUUGGAUAUCUGCUUGAAGAGUCGCAACGUGAAGUUGUGGCAGACACAGUCAAUGCAAUGAUCUUGUCGACGAAUCCUAACCUGAAAGAUUCAAAUAGUUUCUUGCAUUCUUAUCUUGAGAGGUUACUUAGGCAGCUCACGGCUUGCAGUUUGGAGCGAAGGUCCUUGAGUGGGGAUCAAGGUGAAGCAUUCCAUUUGCACAGGGUACUUAACAGUUGUAAGAAGGCUAGAUUAGGUGCUAGCUAGUCUGUUCUGUACCUCUCUUCUUCUGUUCAUAUUCACAGUUGGCCAUUAUCUGAACUGGAUCUCAACCAGACAGAUUGACUGUAGUGUUCAGCAUACUGUAUAGCGGCGUCGCCCUUGAUGUUCACUGAUCUGCAAUGAUAUACUUGUUUUCCUGUAUAGAAUGGGUUGUUUCUCUUCUGUAAGCUUGUAAUCCUUGAUAAGAACCUCGAAUAGAUAAUUCAAUUGAACCAGCAUGUAGCUUUUGCUACUUCAAGA